AUGGGCUGGCUGCCAUUCACCAGCUCGACCCGCGGCGACGAGAUACGCAGCGGCGCCGCCAUCCCCACGCGCACCGAGCGCGCCGUGUGCUGGGCCGCCCGCGACGCCUACUACCAGUGCCUCGACGCCAACAACAUCAUCGACGCCGGCUCCCCCGCGGGCGCUGCCGCCGCCGCCCGCGCGUGCCCCGAGGCGUCGGCCGCGUUUGAGCGCGACUGCGCGGCCGCGUGGGUCAAGUACUUUAAGCAGUGGCGCGUGGCCGACAUUCAAAAGAGACGACGCAUCGAGCAGCUGCAGGCCGAGGGCGCGGUCGAGGCCAACGUGACGAGCAGCUUUGCGGGCGGCGGGAAUAUCGCAGCGAGUAGUGGUGGUGGUGGUGGCGGGGGUGGUGCUGGUGCCAAGUCGCAGGCGACGAGGGAGGAUAUUCAAGCUUUGCUGGACAAGAAGCGUGGGUGA